CUGCCCCUCGCCAUAUUCGCCUGUGGGGCGAGGGGACUCAGCCACUCGGCCCGGCGAGACUCAGUCACUUAGCCCGGGGUGACUUAACCACUCUACCUGGGUACUCAGUCACUCAGCCACUUAGCCACUCAGCCACUCAGCUCAGGGUCACACAGCCACUCAGUCACUCAGCCACUCAGCCCUGGGUCACUCAGCCACUCAGUCACUCAGCCACUCAGCCCAGGGUCACUCAGCCACUCAGUCACUCAGCCACUCAGCCACUCAGCCCAGGGUCACACAGCCACUCAGUCACACAACCACUCAGUCACUCAGCCCAGGGCCACUCAGUCACUCAGUCACUCAGCCACUCAGUCACUCAGCCACUCAACCCAGGGCCACUCAGUCACUCAGUCACUCAGCCACUCAGCCCAGGGCCACUCAGCCACUCAGUCACUCAGCCACUCAGCCCAGGGUCACACAGCCACUCAGUCACUCAGCCCAGGGCCACUCAGUCACUCAGUCACUCAGCCACUCAGCCACUCAGUCACUCAGCCCAGGGUCACACAGCUACUCAGUCACUCAGCCACUCAGUCACUCAGCCACUCAGUCACUCAGCCACUCAGUCACUCAGCCCAGGGCCACUCAGCCACUCAGUCACUCAGCCACUCAACCCAGGGUCAAUCAGCCACUCAGUCACUCAGCCACUCAGCCACUCAACCUGGGUACUUAGCCACUUAGCUGGGUGCUCGGUCACUCGGCCCGGGUGCUCUAUCACUUAGCAAGGAACUCAGCACUCAGUCGGGGUAAUCAGUCACUCGAGCAGAUCAGUCAAGUCACUCGGUGAGUCGGUCACUCGGUGAGUCAGUCACUCAGCGAUUGAGACACGCACACAGGCAGUCGGUGCAGCGCGUCAGCCAUCUAGGCACCAAGUCCGUGCUCAAGUCAAGGACGCACGUGGUGACUGGGGCAUUAGCUCAGUCGCACACCCGCCCCGGUACACAACCAGGGAGACGGUGAGGGAGUUUGCGGGGCCGACACACGGAGGACGAAGCCCCGGAGAAGAUUUGCCCAAUACAUCGGCUCAGCCCAGCCCGGCGAGGCUGGCGGCACACAGGCAUGAGCGCGCGCUUCCGGCUGCCGGCGGCGGGGGUGCACGGCGGGAAGCCGGGCGAGCCGAGCCGCGACCGGGAUGGCGUGACGGUGGCCUGCAGCGUGAGCCUGCUCGACGGCUCGCGGCACGUCUUCGCCGUCAACAAGCAGGAGAAUGCCCAGAUGCUGCUGGACUACGUCUGCACGUACCUGCAGCUGGCUGAGCGCAAUUUCUUCGGGCUGCAGAUCCCGGGAGAGGGCAAGGCCGGCCCGAAAUGGCUCGAUCCAAGCAAGCCAAUCAAAAAACAGCUCGGAAAAGGAUCUUCAACCGUGUUGAGCUUUCGAGUCAAGUACUUUGUCCGGGACCCCGACCGGCUGACAGAAGAAGCCACCAGGCACCUGUUUUACCUUCAGAUCAAGAAGGACAUCCUCGAGGGCUGGCUGCCCUGCCCGCGCGACAUGGCCAUUCAGCUCGCCUCCUACGUGGCGCAGGCCGAGCUCGGCAACUCCAACCCGGCGGUGUCCGGAACCGGCUACCUCUCGCGGCUCCGCUUCCUGCCGGAGUUGCCCCAGGACUUCCUCUUGGAUGUCGCCAAACAGCACUCCAAGCACAGUGGGAUGAAGGCUGCCGACGCCGUGCGGAGUUACCUGGCCGCUGUCAAGACUCUGGAGCUCUACGGAGUGGAGCUGCAUUAUGCCCGGCAGGACGGCAACAAUCUGGAGGUGAUGCUGGGCGUCAUGGCCACGGGGAUGGUCAUCUACAAGAACGGCAUUCGCAUUCACCUGCCCUGGAAGAAGAUCGUCAAGAUCUUCUUCAAGUCGAAACAGUUCUUCAUCCAGCUGGAGAGGCGGCCGAUGGAAAUGCGCGACAACAUCCUGGAGUUCCACAUGGAGAGCUACCGGCUCUGCAAGGGGCUGUGGAAGGCGUGCGUGGAGCACCACUGCUUCUUCCGGACCCAGAGGCAGCCGGGCUCCAGCUCCGAGAAGUCGCUGCUGGGGCAGAUCUUCACGCUGUCGCUCUUCAAGGGGAGGCCGGAUUCAGUUCAUCGCGACAGCUCGGAGAGAAUCAACGGGAGCCGCGCCGUCAGCAGGAAGUCGUCGUCGGGUCGCUCGGGCCUCGGUUCGGGCGACGGAGAUCGCGUCGGCAGCGCCCAGCUGGCGCGGCGGAGAAACAGCGACGAGAUCUGGGACCGCAGUGCUCGGCUCUCGGGUUCCGAGAACUCCUCCAGCCCGCCCUCCCCGACGCUGCUGACGCCGUCGGGUUCGUUCCAGCGCAGCCUGCGCACCGCCAACUCGCUGGGCGACCUCAGCCGCCGCGUGGUGGGCGGCGUGACCCUGCGGCCCCUCCGCGCGGCCUCCGUCACGCGCCUCGACUCGCGACAAUCGCUCAGCCUGCAGAGGUUUUCCGUGGCCGAGUUCCGAGCGCCGGGGCAGACGUCCAAGGUGCGCAACGGAAGUGUGUGCCGCACGCCAAGCCACGCCAACUCGCACGAGGGCCUGCUCAACUCCCCCUCCAGCCGGUCCUACGACAUCACAGAUCUCACCAGCAGCGGCUCUGGACAGCUCAACGGUGCCGAUCCUUACGAAAACCUGGUGCUCAUACGGAUCAAGCAGGACGACAACUGCAAGUUCGGCUUCAACGUGAAGGGAGGGUCCGACCACAAGAUGCCCAUUAUCGUCUCGCGCGUGGCCCCGGGCACGCCGGCGGACUUGUGCGUGCCGCGGCUGAACGAGGGCGACCAGCUGGUGCGGGUGAACGGCCGCGACGUCUCCCGGUGCAGCCACGAGGAGGUGGUGCAGUUCAUCCGCUCCAGCUGCCAGGGCGGUGGCCACGACGAGCUGCUGCUGCUCGUGAGGCCCAACGCCGUGUACGGCGCGGAUGAGGAGGAGGAUGACGACGACGAGGUGGACAGCGAGCCCGACUUCCAGUACACGGCGCUGGAGCCCGCGGAGCCUCACGACGGCGGCAGUGAGGGCGGCCAGGACGCGCUGCGCCUCUCCAUGGAGCAGCUGGAGCGCGACCUGGAGGCCAGCAUCGCCGUCGAGCAGUUCGAGGACCUGUACAGGAAAAAGCCCGGCAUGAGCAUGUCAUGCGCCCGGUUACCCCAGAACGCCGGCAAGAACCGCUACCGCGACAUCUCACCAUAUGAUGACACCAGGGUGUUGCUGUGCGGGGAGGACGAUUACAUCAACGCCAACCACAUCAACAUGGAGCUGGCCGACCGCGUGAAUCGCUACAUCGCCUGCCAGGGGCCCCUGCCCGCCACGUCGGCCGACUUCUGGCAGAUGGUGUGGGAGCAGGGCAGCACCAUGAUCGUGAUGCUCACCACCAUCACAGAGCGCGGCCGGGUGAAAUGUCACCAGUACUGGCCCAACCCGCCUGGCACGGAGACGUACGGCGACUAUGUGGUGACUUGCGUCAAGGAGGACUGCAACCUUGCGUGCGUCUUCCGGGAGUUCACGCUCACCAAGAAGGUGGCAAAACCGGCGAGCAGAGCAGAGGAAGUGGCGGAAGAACGGAUCGAAGAGGAGAGGAAGGAGGACGGCGAAGAAUCGGCGGUUGAAGGAGGAGAAGACAACGACGACAAGGAGCGGCCGAAGAAGCAGGAGGAGGCAGAGAAGGCGGAAGCCAAGGAGGUGGAAGCCAAUGAGGUGGAGAAAGAGGAGAGUGAGGAGGUUGAGCCCGAGGACUGUGCGGACGCAGCAGCAGCAGCUAUUGCUGCUGCCUCGGAGAAGGAGGAGGAGCGGCUGGUGAGUCACCUGCAGUACGUGGCGUGGCCGGACCACGGAGUCCCGGACGACCCCCACCAGUUCCUGCAGUUCGUGAAGAGCGUGCGGGAGAAGCGCACGGCGCAGCCCCCGCAACCAGUCAUCGUGCACUGCAGUGCGGGCAUCGGGCGGACGGGCGUGCUGGUCACCAUGGAGACGGCGCAGUGCCUGAUGGAGUGCUACAAGCCCGUGUACCCCCUCGACAUCGUCAAGACGAUGAGGGACCAGCGCGCGAUGAUGAUACAGACAUCCUGCCAGUACAGGUUUGUGUGCGAGGCGAUCCUGCAGGUGUACGAGGAGAUGGUGUUCGAGGACCGCGGCAAGCCGGCGCGACCCACACAGUAACGCUGCCCUCCUCCGUGCGCAACACCCGGAUUGCUCACGGCAUCGGACUUUCUCGCGCGCGUUUGUAAGCGCGCAAGCACGACCAAAGGGAGCACGCGGAGACUCUGGGGUGGCCCAGCGACAGCUCCCCCCCCCCCCUCCCUUAACACGGAUGCGACCCCCAACUCCGUCGGACGUUCAAAAGGCGGCAGCGGCAGUUAGCCGGGGAGACGUUCCGUCGCUCGAGGGACGGCGGAGUCCCGCCGUCACGGAGACUCGAGACGUCGUGUUUACGUUCUCACGCACUCCGCCCGCUCCUUCUUUACACGACGAGCGAUUGCCGGCGAUGCCAGCGGGCGUGCGUGGGGGCACCGCGCUACCCUUGGGCAGAGACUAAAACCUUUGUGCAUUCAAUCACACGAAUGUUGUGCAAAUAUUUGUUUCACCCCCAACACCACCUCCUUUUGUAAAAAAACCUAUCCAAGCCAUGACCGAGUGACACCCCAUCCCCACCGUGUCACGAGGUGUAAAAGAGCUUUAAAAGGAACGUUCCAGGAAAAGGGAGCCGGGAGAGUUGGCGACCGCAUCGGGCGCACGUGCUCGCCCCCACGGCCUUAGCCUCCGCCACGCACUUCCACGACCUCAAGCGCUCAAUCCCCACAGCCCCCCAAAACUCUCCAGGGUCGGAGUCGUGAACCUGCCCCCCACCCACCCAUAGCUGCUGCCUCUCCGUCACCGCCCGUCCCAGAAAGAAUGUAUUUCAGACUUGGCGUUUACACGCACGACGUCGAGUCUCGCGUUGUGUCAUGCGGCAGAGUGCUCGCGCUGGCGCGUUCGAGCUCGACGUUUGUGUCGCGUGGCGAGCCGCGCCAUGAAUGUUCGACGACAAAAUGAUCAGAACCCACCCCCCCCCCCCUUGCACCACCCACACCCUGAUUGGCUACCGGUUCUCUUAACGUUUAAUCAACGUUGUAAAAUGUAACCAACCCUCACCAUCGCUUCGGAGAAGCUUGAAGUGAUGGCGGGAGGGGGUGCCAUGUAAAGUUACUACGAAGGAGGGCUGUUGCCUGAAACGUUUCCGUUCAUAUUUUUUUCAUUUUUAGGGCAGUGUUAUCGACCAGCGGAAUUGAUUUUAUCAAAGUCAUCCAGUGUGAACCUACCCUGAGGAGGUGGCAGCCGGCUGUGUGCGUCAGCCAAUCCACGCGACCAGCCCUGAAAAAAUCCCAUCGCCUUGUGAAGUCGAAAAGCAUUUCCACGCUCGAGCGAGAGCGCAAGCCGGUGGUGCUCGCCUCCAUGGGCAGGCCUUGAGCCGGUGGAGUAAACUCCACAUUCCUAAGACGGGUGGGCAAAGUCCAUCCGAAGGAGGAUGGGACUCGGACCACCGUCGUCCACUUUACACUGAGGUACUCAUUUGUUUCGACCCGAGAGGGGCGACGGGCCGAAUGGACGCAACGAAAUCGCUUCGAGGAAAGACAACGAAAACAAAUCGUGCCUUCAGCAAUGAUGGUACCCCGAUUACGACUACGCCAUUUCACCGUGUUUGUUUUUUUACGUUUGAAAAUCGGAAUUGCACGUCGAUGUUAAGCGGUACGGUAUGAUGCCUCACACGAAGGUACGGCCACGCCAUAGUGGGGCGAGAGAAAGAGGUACCUUCGCCCCCCCCCCCCCCCCCCCCCGCUGCACUCUGGCACUUUACGCCUUAAAAGUCGCUCAUCGUCAACACUGGACCUGACCUCCUGUGCGAGCGCCCCCCUCCCCUCCACCGCCCCCAUCAACCACCCCCUCUUGGCAAUCCCUCGAAUAAGACUGAUGGUGUAUUCCAGCAUAGUGUAUAUAUUCCAGGAUUGACAAUGGAUGGCGAGCAGACAUGAAGAUCGCUGCUUUGCUCCCGUCUUGACAAGGCCUCAGGUCGCAUUCUUUAUCGUGGCCUAGCUCAGGCUUGGGUCGCUCGGCUGUUCUCAAAGACGGGCUCGAGUUGAGCGCUUUCAAGCCGACUCGUUUGAGCCAGAGCCGAGCCUGAUCCAGGCCGUGACUCCGAAUACGGACUGCUGAGGUGGCUCGGGGUGUCCCGCUCCUCGACUUGCACACACACCCCCCCCACCUUAUCCCCCAAACCCCCCCCCCCCCCCGCGUCACCCCAUGUGACCUCUUGCCAACAAAACGACGGUACUUGUUUAGUUUUAGCUGUCGCGUGGUACUCGGCCUGUAUUUAGCGCAAGCCAUUUUUUGUUGUUUUUAUUUUGUAAAAAAAAAAUAUUCAAAAGUUAACAAAAAGUUGCGUGACGACGACGAUGAGGAUUAUCGCUUUGUACUGUUUUUUUGGCAGAGUCUGUCUUUCAAGCCUGUGGUUACAGAGGCAAAAUUAACGAUGCGAUUUUUUAUUUAACGUAAGUUCUAGACUGUAUAGAAAAUAUAAUUUUCUUUCCCUCCCCUGAAACCAAUUCACAGAUAAAUAUAUAUACUGAAGAACUAAAGUUCUAGAAGUUCUGUUUUUGCGCUGCUGUGCAGUUAACAUUGUGUGGCCACCUUACUGCCUUAAGAAACUACUGAUUAAACGUGUUUUGCAAUCA